AUGGAUCCCGGGGAGUUCGACAUCGUCGAAAGGAAAGAAGGACGACUGAUGUCUGUGAUGGAGCCCGGAGAGUUUGACAUCGUCGGAAUGAGAGGACGGCUGAUGUCUGCGAUGGAGCCCGGAGACCUCGACAUCGUCGAAAGGAGAGGCCCUCAAUGCUCUUGCCAACCGGCCCUUUUCGGUACAGGCCGCCUCCAACUUCUUCUCAAGAUUCUUAUUCAUAGCCGUGGUGGCAUCGAGAUCUUCGGCCAACCAAUCUCUCUCGGUACAGGCCAUCUCCGGCUGUCCCUGGGUGGCGGCCGCCGCAGCUAUGCGGCCAAAGGCCUAAGCCAGGUUUUUGUGUGCCUCGUCCGGGCAUGCCAUGGUGGACAUUCCGGGCAGAUAUACGGGCAAAAGCCAGGAAGUCCAGGUCUGGCUGGAGGCCAAGAACUGGAUAAACGGGGGAAUGGGUCAUUAAAUUCGACCAUUGAAGAAAACUUCGCAACUGUGUGCCAUGGAUUGAUACAGGGGAGGUUCUGGACAUCCGCCCAUACUAAAUUCCUGUGUUCCCCAAAUCAUGGUUGCAAGGGAUCGCACCUUCCCUAA